AUGAAUUUAACAUUACUAACCGCUAAACAUCUUCUUAUCCUUUGUUGUAAUGGUGGUAUACCAUUUAUCGAUCUUCAUUCCCAAUCAAAUCUCAGUGAAAAAUACAAAUCAACACAUAUCAUUGAUCCAACUGAUUGGAUUGCCGUUGAUAUAUCCGGUUCCGAGCUUAAUUUAUCAAUGAUUAAUUCAUUAUCAGCUUUACAUAUACCAACAAAACUGGAAUUAGGCGCUUGUGAUUUAUUUAAUUUAACAUUUUCUGAUAUUCAAGAUGAGGAAUUGUUCGAGAAAAGUAAAGGUGAAGUGAAAUGCAGGUGA